AUGUCAGCUCCGAGAUCGAAACAAGGUGGAAAAACAGACGCCGGGUACGAGCCAACGACCGAAUACGAGUUCGGCGGCCCCGUGGGGGCCCUGGGCAUGAUGAUCGGGUUCCCGCUGUUGAUGUACUAUAUGUGGAUCAGCCAGCGGUUCUACGGCGGGUCACCAGCAUGGCCCGCUGGCGGCGAGUCGUGGUCCAGCUUCUUGCACCAACUGCAGUCCUACUUUGUGGACUACGCGAUCCCAUCGUACUUCACGUUCUUCAUCUUCACAGCGUUCAUCGUGCUGCAGGGCACGUUUUACGUGACGUUGCCCGGCGUGUGGACCAAGGGUCAGCCAUUAAAGCACCUCCACGACAAGCAGUUGCCAUACUUCUGUAACGCGUAUGCGUCGCUCUACACGACGUUGACCCUCGUGUUCACCAUGCACUGGUCGGGCAUCUUCAAGCUCUACUACAUCCUCGACCACUUCCCGGAGAUCAUGACGUGCUCCAUUUUCUAUGGGUUCUCCUUCGCCAUUGGUCUUUACAUGUACACGCUGCUUGUUUCCAAGGACUACCACCGCAUGUCGGGCAACCACAUCUACGACUUGUUCAUGGGUGCUCCAUUGAACCCCAGAAUCGGCAUCAUCGACUUGAAGAUGUUCUUCGAGGUCCGCUUGCCGUGGUAUAUUUUGCUCUUGCUGGGGCUUUCCGUCGUGCUCAAGCAGUACGAGGUCUACGGACGCGUCUCCCCAGAGGCUGCCUUCUUGGCCUUCGCCUACUACCUCUACGCCAACGCGUGCUCCAAGGGGGAGGAGUUGAUUGUCCCAACGUGGGACAUGGCCUACGAGAAGUUCGGCUUCAUGUUGAUCUUCUGGAACAUCUCUGGCGUGCCUUUCAGCUACUGCCAGGGCGCCCUCUAUCUCUACUACCACGAGCCAAGAGAGUACGACUGGUCGACAGCAUACUUGGCGCUCUGCUACACACUGCUCUUUGCCUCCUACUACUUCUUCGACACGGCAAAUGGCCAGAAGAACUCGUUCAGGAAAAUCAUGGCAGGUGACAAGGCCAUCAGAAAGACGUUCCCAUUUUUGCCAUACCAAGUCUUGAAGAACCCAAAAUACAUCAAGUGCAAGAACGGCUCUACGCUCUUGACUGACGGUUGGUACAGAUACGCCAGAAAGAUCCACUACACUGCCGACUGGAUCCAAUCGUGCACGUGGGGCCUCAUCUGUGGCUUCAACUCUUUCUUCCCCUGGUUCUUCCCUGUCUUCUACUUUGUCGUUCUCAUCCAUAGAACCCAGAGAGAUUUGGCUAAGUGCAGAAAGAAAUACGGCCAGGACUGGGUUGAAUACGAAAAGGAAUGUCCUUGGUUGUUCAUUCCGUACGUCUACUAG